AUGGCUCCAUCAUCUUGUAGAAGAAAAGGGUCCAGAAAACCAUCAUCUUCUAGAAGGAAAAUCCUCUUCAAGAACUCGUCCAAGAAUCGAAAGAACUCGAUCAUUAUCUCGACCGAAUCAUCGAAAACCGAGGCGUCGAACGGCAUUGCAGAUAAUAAUAGUAACUAUUGUAAUACCGGCUCGUCGUAUAACGGAAGCAUUUGUUCCACCCCGAAAGCCGAAAGGUUCCGGUUACCCGAGACGAGCACUUGCCCGCCGGCCCCUAAGAAGACUAGAAGAUUACGGCUCAAAAAUUGCUCCCUAAAGAGAACGGGAUCGGUCUCCGUACCGUUUUUCGAGUCUCCCGAUAUCGACCUCUUCUUUUAUUUCGCGCUCCAUGGGUUUCAAGUUUGA